AUGUUUGAAUUACAAUCUGAUGAUGAUGAUUGGACUCGAGUAAUUCAUCAUGAUCUCAACAUAAAACGACGAACAUGUACUACAUUUAUUCCACAACUUUCAGCAACGAGUGAUUCUAGUAGAAGUAGAGAUAAUGUUCAAUGUGGUUGUAAUCGUCUUCGUCGUGAACAUUCUUGGGAUGUUUUCGAUGGAAAUGAUCCUGAAUGGAAUAAAAAGCAGCAUACAACAUCGGCCUACAAUAAUGCAUAUGGAUAUAAACCUGAUACUCAUGCACAUUAUAUUCGAUGUGAUAUUGAAACACAGCCAAGUGUUCUUGUUAAGUUAAUGUUUGAUGUAUGGCGAGUUAAUACACCACGAUUAAUAAUGUGUAUCAUUGGAGGAGCUAAAUAUUUCAAAUUAAAUGAACGACUUGAAAGAGAAUUUAUGAAAGGCAUUAUUAAAGCUGCAUUGGGAGCAGAUGGCUGGAUUGUAACGACGGGAUUUAAAGCGGGUGUUGUACAACUUGUUGGUGAAGCUAUUCAUGAUCAUAAAGUAACUAAUCCACGAAGUCAUAUUACUGCUAUCGGUUUUUCGAAAUGGGGUGCUACUAAAAAUCGAACAUCACUCAUAACAACAAAAAUAGCAACUAAUUCGAAUCAAAAUACAACGAUAAAUACAUCUAAACGUAGAAAAGGUGAACAAGAACUUGAACCUAAUCAUACACAUUUUUUAUUACUUGAUGAUGGAACUUAUUAUGGAUAUGAUAUUGGAGAUUAUCGAACAAAAUUUGUUCUUGAAGCUUCACGUUAUAAAGAAGAUGCUCCUGUUGUGACUAUAGUUGUCGAAGGUGGUCCAGAUACAUUAUCAACAAUUUACAAAGAUCUUUCUUAUCGUAUACCAGUAGUAUUGGUUAAUGGUAGCGGUCGAGUACCUAAUCUUCUUGCUAAUUUUCUUAAUCGUACGGAAUCAAUGAUUCAUCGAAGUGGAAAAGAUAAUGAUGGUGCUAAUUGGAAACAAGUGAUCGAUAUCAAAACAGAGGAUGAUAUUGAAAAAUUGAAAACAAAAUUUCGUCCUUAUGCUGAUGAAAUACGUGACGGUUUAAGAGAGUUAUCUAAAGGAUCAAAAACAUCAGACAAACAAAUAGAUGAGUUACAUAAAUAUUUUCUUUAUUGUUUACAACCAGCUGUUCGAUCUAAAAUUCGAAUAUUCAGUCUUGAUAGUAAUGAAUCUUUAGAUAAUACUAUUUUCGAAGCUAUUGUAGAAGCAAAACAACAAGAAGGUUCACAACAAAAUAAAGCAGUUAAUCGAGAACAAUUAUUAUCUUUGGCACUUGCUUGGAAUGCUAUUCAUGUAGCAAAAGAAUAUAUUAUUAAAGAUGAUUUAACUGAUCUUCGUCCAGAAACUAAAGAGAAAUUAUUUUUUGAUGCACUUACAAAUAAUAGUCCACAAUUUAUUGAUACAUUUAUCAAAUUAAAUUUUGAUUUAAGUGAAAUGUUUUACGAAAGAAAAACUAAUCAACCAUGGAAAUUAAAAUGGGCUCAAUUACUUAGAUUAUAUAAAAAGGAUGAAAAGAAGAAUAAGGAACGUCUUUAUUUACUUCAUAGAUGUUGUGACAAUACACCGAUUAAAAACGAACUGGAUCUUGAUGUAAUAUUAAAAGCUUUAAUAGGUGAUUAUUUUAAAUCAAUAUAUACACGUUCAGUCACUAGCUUCUGGGAACGAGUAAAAAUAUGGUGCCGAUGUUCAGUCGGAACUCGUGUUGAAGAUAGCCGUGCGGCUUCGUAUAGAGAUUAUAAUGGCGAUGAUUCUGAAGUACCUGAUCCAGAAGAAGCUCAAAAAGAAGCUCGAGAACUUGUUUUUCGUGAUUUAUUUUUGUGGUCAAUAUUAACAAAUCGUAUUGAAAUGUCCAAAGUUAUAUUAAGUCAUAUGCAAACACGUAUUUGUGCUGCAUUAAUAGCAUCAAAAAUAUUUAAAUCAUAUGAAUAUUUUGCUUAUGAUAAUGAAUCAAAGGAUGUUUUACAUCAUCAAGCUGAUUACUUUGAAGCAUAUGCAAAUGAAUGUUUAAAAUGUUGUUAUAAUGCUAAUGAAGAAAUGGCAGGUGAAAUCGCUAUUCGACGUAUUAACAUAUUUGGUAAUGUUUCAUGUCUUCAAGUAGCUGUUGCUGCUGAUGAUAAACAUUUUGUUGCUCAAACAUGUUGUGAUCAAGUUUUGAAUAGUAUUUGGUAUGAUAAAAUAGAACCGGGUCAAUUUACAUUACUUCAACGCCUUGGAUUACUGUUAAGUGUUUGUACAUUUGGUUUAUUAGCACCAUUUAUUGUGCCAUUCCGUGAAGAAAAAUUAGUUCCUAUUGAUUUUGUUAAUGAUCAAAAAAAAAAAAAUUAUGCAAUGACUGUUAAUGAAACAGAACAAGAAAUAAAACCAUUAUUACCGAAAACAAAAGAAAGAUUAAAUAAUCAUGGUAUUAAUUAUUCUGAUAUUUAUGCACGACCAUCUAGUUAUUGUUCACAAGCAUGUUUUAAUUAUUUUCGUCGUUUAAAACAAUUUCAUGAAUCACCAUUUAUUAAAUUUUCGUAUAAUGCUGCUAGUUAUUUAUUUUUUCUCUUACUGUUUUCGUAUUAUUUAUUAUUUGAUUUUAAAAGUCCAACGAAUGAAACUCCAAGUAUACAUUGGACAGAAAUUGUAGUUAUUAUUAUUGUAACAACAAUGCUCUUUGAAGAUAUUCGACAAUUCCUUUCCCAAGAAAGUCGAUCAAUAAUGGGAAAAUUGUCCAAUUAUUUUGUAAAAAAUCUGUUUUCUAGUUUAAUUCGUAUUGCAUCAUAUAUACUUUUUUAUAUUGGUCUUAUUCUUCGUUUUACACAUGCAUCUACUGAUGAUGAAUUAUCAGUUGCUAAAAUAAUUCUUGCUUAUGAUCUUGAGAUUUGGUAUAUUCGAUCAUUAGCUUUUCUCGGUGUUAUACGAAACAUGGGACCAAAACUUGUUAUGAUACGAAGAAUGUUAAUCGAUUUAUUUUUCUUUACAUAUAUUAUUUUAAUUGCUAUGGUUGCAUAUGGUGUUACUUCUCGAUCUAUGUAUAACUAUAAUACAGAUAACAAUGCUGAUGAUUUAAUAUUUGAAGGUCGAUCAGUUUUUCGACAUAUUAUUUAUCCGGCUUAUUAUCUUAUGUAUGGAUCAACAGAUAACGAAUUAUCAGCACUUGACCAAAAUCCAGAUCUUGGUACAUCUAUCGCUACUCAAGUUUUAUUAGCUUUUCAUAUGUUAUUUGUUAAUAUUCUUCUUAUUAAUCUUCUUAUUGCCAUGUUUAGUUAUACAUUUCAAACAGUUCAAGAUCAAACUGAUCUUGUUUGGCGUUAUGAACGAUAUUCAUUAAUUCGUGAAUAUUUUGAUCGACCACCACUUUUUCCUCCAUUUAUUAUUAUAACUCAUCUUAUUGAACUUAUUAAAUUCUUGAUACGACAUUGUCAAAACAGAAAUAAUCCAUCUUUGAGAAAAAAACAAACUAAAAUAUUUAAAAUGAUUGGUGCUAAUCGUAAAAUAGAUAAAGAGUGGUCAGAAUUUGAAAGUUAUGCGACAAAUCUUUAUGCUCGAACAAUAGUUACUGGUCAACCAUCAUCAGCAGCUACUCUUGUACCAUCAGCAGCACGUCAAGAAGUUUCACCAAUAACAUUAGAUACAAUGAAUGCUUCACAAUCACUAUCAAAUAUAGAUUUAAAAACAAUUACUGAUGAAAUGGCAUCGAUUAAAAGAGUUAUUGGAGAUCUUCGUACUUAUGCUGAAGAGAUGAAUAGAUGUAUGCAAUGGAUGAUGGAUGCUAUGGAACGUGUUAAAAUGUCUAAAGAACCAAAACCAAAAUUGAGAUCAGCAGUAACAACUAAUGGUGAGAUUAUUUAA